UGUCCUAUUAUUUAUGGAAUGGUGGCGCUUCUCUUAUUUCUCUAAUUGUAUUUGUGUAUUUUCUGGUUUAUGGACCAGAAAGGAGAAGAACUAGGAACAAGCUGAAGGUCAUAGCUUUCUUGUUCGUUAACUCUGGUGUUUUCUCCAAUCUGAUGCAUCCAUGGCUCUCCAGCUUCUCUCCAACACACGGCCUUCUCUCUACUCUUCACUCAUUACCAUCAACAACAAUCAAAACGUUCGCCGCCGAAAUCUCCGUUUAUUUACGAACACUAAACUCCCGUUUUCUCUCUCUAACCUUUCCACUUCUCCUAGAAAUAGGCAGUAUCGGUUGUCUCCACUCAACUCUUCCUCAGUCAGUGAAUUCUUAGUAGAGAAUAAUCUAGAGUGCAUUGACGCAGAAGAGAAUGUCGAGUUUCAGGAGAGGAUUCGCAAAUGGAUCGAUUUUAUCCGGUCGGUAUUGCCCGGUGGACGGUGGUGGAGCUUAUCCGAUGAGAUUGAGGUCAAGAUUUUUGAGAAACCGGUGACAGUUUGGCGGGCGCUUAGUCGGAUGUGGGAAUUGGUGGCUAAGGAUCGCUGGGUCAUCUAUGCGGCAUUUUCCACUCUGAUUUUGGCUGCGCUUUCAAAGAUUUCUAUUCCACAUUUCUUGACGGCAUCAAUCUUCACUGCACAGAGUGGUCAAAUUGCUAUUUUUCACAGAAAUAUCCGGCUCUUGGUUCUGCUGUGUGUUACCUCAGGAAUUUGCAGUGGUUUACGGGGAUGCUGUUUCGGCAUUGCAAAUAUGAUUCUAGUUAAGAGAAUGAGGGAAACACUGUAUUCUACUCUUCUUCUUCAGGAUAUUUCCUUUUUCGACUCUGAAACUGUUGGUGAUUUAACAAGUAGGCUUGGCUCUGAUUGUCAGCAAGUUUCACGGGUUAUCGGGAAUGAUCUGAAUUUGAUAUUCCGCAAUGUUCUUCAGGGGACAGGUGCAUUGAUCUACUUGUUGAUUUUGUCAUGGCCACUUGGUUUGUGUACCUUGGCAAUAUGCUUAACUCUAGCAGCUGUUAUGCUCAUCUAUGGACUGUACCAGAAGAAAACGGCAAAGCUAAUCCAAGAGUUCACUGCUUCCGCCAAUGAAGUGGCUCAAGAGACAUUCUCACUGAUGAGAACUGUUCGUGUUUAUGGAACGGAGAAACAAGAGUGUGAUAGGUACAAUGGGUGGCUAGAGAAAUUGGCUAAUAUAAGCUUACGACAGAGUGCUGCAUAUGGCUUUUGGAACCUGAACUUCAACACUCUUUAUCACUCAACUCAGGUUAUUGCUGUGCUGAUUGGAGGAAUGUCUAUUCUGGUUGGUCGUAUAACAGCAGAGCAACUUACAAAAUUUAUAUUAUAUAGUGAGUGGCUAAUAUUUUCAACAUGGUGGGUGGGGGAUAGUUUGUCCUCAUUGAUGCAAUCGGUUGGGGCAAGUGAAAAAGUAUUCAAGUUGAUGGAUCUCAAGCCUAGUGAUCAAUUUACAUCAAAAGGAAUGAAGCUGGAACGGCUGUUUGGACGUGUCGACUUUGUAAACAUAUCAUUUUACUAUCCAUCCAGAGUGGAGGUACCUGUGCUUCAUAACAUAAACAUUUCUGUAUAUCCUAGUGAAGUGGUUGCAAUUGUUGGUCUUAGUGGCAGUGGAAAGAGCACAUUAGUGAAUCUUUUGCUGCGCCUUUAUGAACCUACAAAUGGUCAGAUUCUAAUUGAUGGUUUCCCUCUAAAAGAGUUGGACAUCAAGUGGCUGAGAGAAAGAAUUGGAUAUGUUGGACAGGAACCAAAAUUGUUCCACAUGGAUAUCAGUUCAAACGUCAGAUAUGGAUGUACCAGAGAUGUCAAGCAAGAGGAUAUUGAGUGGGCUGCCAAGCAGGCAUAUGCACAUGACUUCAUUUCAGCACUGCCCAAUGGUUAUAAGACACUUAUUGAUGAUGAUUUGCUAAGUGGAGGACAGAAGCAGAGAAUUGCCAUUGCUCGAGCUAUCCUUAGGGACCCUACCAUUUUGAUUCUUGAUGAAGCUACUAGUGCACUUGAUGCAGAGAGUGAACACUAUGUCAAGGGUGUUCUCCGCGCUCUCAGAACUGACUCAAUAAGUAAAAGAACUGUCAUAGUAAUUGCACACAGGCUUUCUACAAUACAAGCUGCUGACAGAAUAGUGGUAAUGGAUGGUGGUCAAAUAGUUGAGAUGGGCUCUCACCAAGGGCUUCUACGUAAGGAUGGCCUAUAUGCACGACUUACUAAAAGACAGGCUGAUGCUGUAGCAUGAUCAUGGUGCAAAUUUUCACACUAGAUUUUCCUUUUCCUUUUCCCUGAUAUAUUUCUGAAUUGAUACAGUGCUCGAUUUCAACAUUUAACAGCAGAUACACAUUCAAAAACAAGAAUUUUGAAAUCAUGGAAUUAGAGGGUGAUCAAAACUAUCCUGUAACCGGUGUUUUUGCUUCAUUUUUAUGAUACACUGAAGUGUUACCUGAACAGCAUGAACUGCUUGUCAAACUGCAGAAACAAAGAUUGCAAUCAAUUUGUGUAAUUUGUCCUUUGUAAUUAUAGUGAUCAAUUUACAAAGUGGUUCUAGUACAGAGCAGGUUGUAUGAUCCUGACAUGAAACAAUAUUACUCAGUGGAAAGGUUUUCAUAUGGGAAAUGUCGAUGUUGUACAAAAGUAGAUUGAUUCAUUUUUUCUGCAUUAUUUGACCAAGAGGUUUGUUUUGGAAUCAAAUAUUUGAAUUCAGUAUAUUGUAUCAAAAA